AUGACAUCUCAGACCGUUCCCGAUAAGCAAGAUGCGCGUCCAAAAGCGUCACCGCAAAUGCAGUACCGCCGCCUCGGAAACAGUGGUCUGAAAGUCUCCAGAAUAAUCCUCGGCUGCAUGACCUACGGCAACCCAAGCUGGGAAGGAUCACCCUGGGUUCUGGACGAGGAAAAGUCUCUACCAUUGCUAAAGAAAGCAUUCGACAUGGGAAUCAACACAUUCGACACCGCAAAUACCUACUCGAAUGGCCAGUCAGAAACAAUACUUGGUAAUGCCUUGAGAAAAUACUCCAUCCCGCGAAGCAGAGUAGUAAUCAUGACGAAGAUAUACUACCCUGUCCUGGAGGAUGAACCUGAUUCACGACCCAAUCCCGCAAUCAACGAUGGAACUUUGGUGAACCAGAUGGGAUUAAGCCGGAAGCAUAUCUUCGAUGCAGUAGAGGGAUCCCUGCGACGAUUGAGCACCGAUUACAUCGACGUGCUCCAACUACACCGACUCGACUCCGAAACGCCGGCCGAGGAGAUCAUGCGAGCGCUACAUGAUCUAGUCUGCAUGGGCAAAGUCCGGUAUUUGGGCGCAUCGAGUAUGCAUUGUUGGCAAUUCGCGCGGCUGCAAUAUACAGCGAAGCUGAACGGGUGGACACCUUUCGUUAGUAUGCAGGGACUUUACAAUCUUCUUUAUCGCGAGGAGGAGCGGGAGAUGAAUCCUUUCUGUGAUGCGGAGGGUGUUGGGCUGAUUCCUUGGAGCCCUCUUGCGAGAGGCCUUCUGGCGAGGUCUUGGCAGGAGAAAUCUGCUCGUGCGGAUCAGGAUGAGAAAGCGAAGCGCUGGUUUAUUGGGGAUCAGAACGAGAUGAUUGUUAAUCGGGUUGAAGAGCUUGCGCGUAGUAAAGGUUGUGCCAUGAGCUCUAUAGCGAUGACUUGGUUGUUACAAAAGGGGGCUUGUCCGAUUGUUGGGCUAAGCACUAUUACGAGGAUAGAGGCUGCAUUGGAGGCGUUGGAUGUAGAGCUGACGUUGGAUGAAGUGCGAUAUCUCGAGGAGCCUUAUCGGUCUUUAGCCGUGCAAGCAAUCUAG